GCACUGUUGUGGUGAAAAGUGGUGUAUGUAGUGCGAUGGGUGCGCAAGCAUUCGCAAAAAUUAUUUAGUGAAUUUUUAUAAAAAAUUCGAUCGAACAAAAGUUGAGAUUAUAAUAUUAAGUUAAAGAAAGGUAUUUGAAUACAUAUAAGUUUAAGUAAUAAAUUUCAAAGUUGGAUUAUAAGUCACCUUGGCAUUUUCUCGGUUAAUGAGUUCACCAAAUGUCCAUCAGCAUAUGUACAUAUGAAUAUACUUCUCUCAUAUCACAACCUUCUUCAAAAGUAGCAGAAGCAGUAGCAACACAACAAUUUAGCCAUUUAUAAAUAUCCAUCUUGAGUCGUAGACGGUUCGGCUGCGGAUAUAGCAAAUCAAGAGCAAUAAAAAGCAACGUCCAAAAGCUGCACUGUUGUGUAUGUGUGUUUGUGAGCCUCAUUUACAAAAAUUUCAUCAUUCGCGUGUUGUUGUUAAUUUUUUGAAAUACUCAUUAUAAGUAACCAAUUGAAAUCAAUGUUGUAGUAAGGUGAUCGUGGCCGACAUCGUGUUAGAAAACAAUGUGAGGUCAGUCGCUUAGGGUCUCACUCGGUUUAACAUUUAGUGUGUUUGGAAUAAAAAUUGUGUCGAAUUGCUGGAUGGAUUUUAUCAUCGAUACCAUUCCUUAACCGGUCAUCAAUAAAUAUUCUGCGUGAUUACUAGCUUGAAUUGUUAAUUUAAAAAAUAUUACAAAUGCGUGUUGUGUUCACUCGUACACCGGUAUAAACAAACUAUACAGAUACCAAUUGCCAGGAGCAAUUUUGCUGCAUCAUAUCGCAACAUACGGAAAACAACAACCUUUGGCAGUCGUUUAUUUUGAAGUGAAGAAAAUGCAUACAUACAUGUGGAUUUGCCCUUCACGAUGAUGUCAAUGCAACAAGCUAUCAGUUGCAGAAAAGAGCGUUUCAUGCAAAACAUCUGAAGCACUUAAACUCUCGAGUCUAAUAAAAUAAUGUGCCGAAGCGAAUUUCAGAUCGCAACUGAGCAUUGCAGAAUAAAGUAGUUUUAAGAAUAUCUGCAUAGAGAAAUCAGCGCGUGGCUUACAUCAUAUAUUAAUUGAAAUUCAACUUAAAAGACAACGACACUGCGGCUCGUUAAAUUAAAAUUCAUCGCCAAAUCUCAGGAUCCCAAAAGAAAAGCAAAUAAAUGAAUAGAUUAACACGCCACGGAAACAAAGACUUACUACAAUAGAAAAAAACUCGAAACAACUUCCCAACACAUGGUAAUGCAUGAGCGAGAGGGACGAAAGUCAACUAGCAUUAGAAUAAAAUACAAACGUUUUGUAGUUGCAGCGAUUUGAACGGGCUCCAACAGCCGAACAAAUCUAUAAUCGAACGACGAAACUCAGUGGGCCAAAUUAAUAGGAGAGCGAGAAUUCACAUAUACCACUAUAGAAAAUAGCAAACUGAGAGCAGCUAUGGGCAGCAUACAUAAUAUAAGAUUUGUACGCUUUCUGCUUGUCGUGAGCAUUGUUAUUCUGACCAUUUUCAUUUACGCCACAUACUCAUCAAAUGCGACGCUCACACCAGCCCAUUCGCACACUAUGCGUGCCAGUUCGGCGACGGAUGCUGCGGGCGCUUUUGCGCCACAGUAUCAGCAGCUGAUUGGGGCGAACAAGAGUAAAUUUAUUAAUGAUGCUGCCGACAGUGGCUUCGAAAUAAGCAAUCGUCUGGAUGCGCAUAGAAGCGAAGGCGACGUUGCGCUUUUGAAGUUGAACAAAAAGGCAGCUGUUCUGACUGGCAGUAGUACAGGUUCCGGCGCAGGCGUGGGAAAGUCGCCAUUGACGAGCGUUGUAAAGAAACAACAUCAACAUCGCGAACCAACGAUAGACGUGGAUGCUGUCAAUGAUGAUGCGCCCGAAGACGAUGAAAUGGAGCGCUUCGGCAACGAAUUGCUUGAUGAUAUGGAAGUACAAAAUAUUGACAACGCUUUAGUGGUCGGUAGCAUAAGCUACCCAAAUGCUUCUAAUGGCCAACAAAAUAAUGCUGGCGUUCCUCUCGAGCAGUUAAAAAUGCAGCCACAAGGGCAACUAGAUCAGCUUAAAAACAUCAACGCAAAAUCCAGUGACAACGCCAACAAUAUAAACAAAAUACUGGAUUCAGAGGUUAUGAUACCAACAUCCAAUUUGCAAAAAUUUAUCGAAAAUGCCGAUAAGAUAUUGAAAAACAUCACGGCUGCGCCCGCGCCGAAUGAAAAAUCUGUCGCAAAGGAUUCAAAUGGUAGCAAGCAGUUACCGUUACCUGAGGAAAAAGCGAGAGCAAAUCAGGUUUCCAAAGUGGAAGACAAUAUUGUUCACGAUGAGGAUGAUGUGGAUGAUGCAAACAGUGAUGUGGCUUUGCCACCAUCCGUAGUGAUGACAAUCAAACGUCCGGAUGGCGCUGUAAAAUCACAAAAGCCGAGUGAAAAUAGUGCUUUGCCCAAAUCGAGCGCUAAUAAGCUUAAAACUCCGCCAAAAAUGCCACCUAAGAUAAUUCCUCCAGCACCAAUCAAUAAAGAUGACCACUCUAAAGGUAUAGCCACCAGUGAAAUCUACGAGUCGGGACAUUUAAACGAGGAAAUCAAUUUCGCUAAGAUUUGUCCAAACGAUGGUGAAGAUUUGAAGUUGCUGAUACUUAUCUCUUCGGCCUUAAAUCACGCUGAAGCACGCCUCGCUAUACGACAAACCUGGGCACACUAUGGCACGCGACGUGAUGUAUCUAUAGCAUUUGUGUUGGGGCGCACUACAAACGAAAGUAUAAGCAAGGAGUUGAGUAUUGAGAAUUUUAUUUAUGAGGAUAUGAUUCGUGGAAAUUUCAUCGACUCUUACACUAAUUUAACAUUGAAAACUAUUUCAACCCUGGAAUGGGUGGACGUACAUUGUCAGAAAGCACAAUUUAUAUUGAAAACAGAUGAUGACAUGUUCAUAAAUGUGCCGAAAUUGUUGCAAUUCAUUGACAGCCAUAUCAAAGAAAAACGUGUCAUAUAUGGACGCUUGGCGAAACAAUGGAAACCCAUACGUAACAAAAAGUCCAAAUACUACGUAUCAACCGACCAAUUUAGUCAACCGCUGUUUCCUCCGUUCACCACCGGUCCGGCAUAUCUCAUUACAAGCGACGUAAUACAUUUGCUUUAUGAACGAUCCCUGCAUCAGGUAUACCUGAAGCUGGAGGAUGUGUUCACAACGGGAAUAGUUGCGCAACAGCUUGGUAUUAAACGCGUACAUGCCAAUGAGUUCCUUAAUCGCCGUAUUGCAUUUAACCCAUGCAACAUACGCAAACUAAUCAGUGUCCAUAUGGUCAAGUCAAAUGAACAAUUUGACCUGUGGAAGAAGUUACUGGAUAAAAGUACCAAGUGUAAAUAGUAUUUUAGAUUUAUACAUUAAAGUCAUACAAUUUUCAACUGUAGACGUAAAAGUAUUAAUUUAAGUAUAUAUAACGGUACGAAAAGACCUUAGCAUAUUUUUUAUUUAAAUAUUAUAUUUAAACAAAAAGAAUACAAUAUAAAAAGUAUGUAUGUAAAAUAUAUGUGAAAGUAUACAAUACACAUGUAAUAAGUAAUAAAGUGACAUAAAUAUACAUAUAUACUUUAGGUUAAACCACUGAAAAAACGCGACUUAUACAUGAAUACAUGAUUGUAUGUAUUUAUUUUCUAGACUUAACAUUGUCGUAAAUGCAUUAUAAAUGCCAUUAAAAUAUUUUAAAAUUAAGUAAAUGAAUAAAUCUAUUUCAUAUUGUAAUCAUAUUUUAAUUAUGAAAAAAGAUGUGAUGUACUAAUAUAUGUGUGUACAUAAGUUAUGGUAUACAUACAUAUUGGUAGAAAGUGUGGAUAACGAAUUUUUUCGAAUGAAAUAAAUCCUUAAACGUUAAUAUACAUAUAUAUAUAUAUUUGAA